AUGGCUAAAGAGGUAGAAGAAUUCCAAGAGUUGGAGGUUAUAUUUUCCGACCUCCGUAGCUGCCGUUACGAGGAGGCUGAUGAUGGGUGCUUCGGAUUCUCUAAAACUGCUCGUCUUUCACUUAACUCCGGUAAGUUCGAGAAAAACAGUACCGGGAAGAAGAUGGCAGACUGUUCGCUUCCUGUUAACGUUUCGCGCCGCCGUCGGCACUGUUGUACUGUUUUUGAUUACGGCGGCGAAGCCGAUGAAUUGGAGGGUGGGGAAUUAGUGCCACCGCAUGUGAUAGUGGAGAGGAGAGUUGCUGGGAAAAUGGCGUUUUCGGUUUGUAGUGGCAAUGGAAGGACGCUUAAAGGAAGGGAUUUGUGUCAAGUUCGAAAUUCGAUUCUUAGAAUGACUGGGUUUUUAGAAGCAUAA